GAGAGAGAGAGAGAGAGAGAGAGAGAGAGAGAGAGAGAGAGAGAGAGAGAGAGAGAGAGAGAAAUAUCAAGAUUGAACAAGAGAUAAAUAUAUAGCGAGAGAGGGAAGGUGUGUUUAUUUCUUUGUGUGUACAGGUGUGGGUGUAUGUGUCUGUGUGCGUGCGUGUGUGUGUGUGUCCUUGCACGUUUGCGCCUGUGCAUGUGUUUGCUCUUGCAUGGGGUGGGGUUGAGAAUGGGUGGCGAUGGCGGUGAUGGAGAUUGGGGGGUACCGGACUGCCUCCCGUAGCAGCUCGAGUGCUGCGCUGGGCAGGGAGCAGACAGACUCGGACGGCCCUGGGGGACCCACGCUCCCGCAUGCAGGGGCAUCAUGCACAGCUCAGAUAGAGUUCAGGCGUGUAUUCUGCUACUGAUGGGAAUGGUGAUGAUCGGCUAUUCCUACGUAACGCAACCGCAAACGGCCGUUGCAGAGGCUACGUCUCUCGCCGAGAACCGGCGGGAGGAGCGUCGCCGCGGUAACGACGGGCCGACGGCGUACGAGGAGCGGCGCGGGCCGGAGCGCGAGGAGAAGGAGCGGAACCUGGUGGACGGGGUUGACCUCCGGGAGCGUCCCGGGGAACAUCAGCACCGAGGGGCGGUGUGGGAGGGGGAGGGGGAGGUCGACGGGGCGCCCCCUGGAGACCCCCGGCACGUCGCGCCGCCCUCGGCCCCCCCGAUCGGAGACGGAGACGCCGGUGGGAAGCGCUCUCCUCCCGACCCCCGCGCCGGCCCUCCAUGGCUCCGUGGCUCGCUCACGCCCUCGCCCUCCGGCGUCCCUCUGCGCCCCCCUCCCGGCUCCACCUCUACCACUCUGCCUGCCCCCAGAGACCAGGGCCUGGCGGGGGCGUUGGGUGGAGUCAGGGGGCGGCCAACGUCCGGCGGCGGCCGCGGCCUUGCGGAGGACCCCCGGCCCCCCCGGCUGGACAGCGUCGCCCCCGCAGACGGGCCCGCGUCGACCCCAGGGAGGAACCAGCACGGGGGGGAAGACCCCCCAGGGGAAGAGCUGACCCCUGCUUCUACAUCCACCAAGUCCCCCCCCCCGCCGACGGAGCCCCGAUCCCCCGCAGCACCGACGCCACCUUCAGCCAGGUCGGCUGAGUCCAUGGCUCCCCCCGAGGGCACCACCCCGUCAGAGCAGGGGACCACCAGGUCCACCGUGAGGCGGACCGAAGCGGUCCGGACCGAACCCCCCGCCCUGCUGGUGCGCACCCACCCAGCCGCCAACGCGACCACACUGAGAAAGGCAAAGCUGGACCAAAUGAGAAAGAUGAAGGGCAACAAAAAGAAAAGUUCAACCACCGAAUCAGGAAGGACGACAGCGGCGCCGACGUGGACGGCGGAGGAAACCACCACGCCGUAUUUCCCGUACUUUAAGGACGCCUACUGCCCCCUGGAGUGUGCCUGCUAUGACAGGGUGGUCCAGUGUUCGGACCAAGGCGUGGCCCGGGUCCCCUACGGGAUCCCGUACAACGCCCGCUACGUCCUGCUCACGAACAACCUCAUCUCCAGCCUCCGGGCGGGGUCGUUCCGUGGGCUCCUCUCCCUGGAGGCCCUGGUGCUCAGCCGCAACCGCCUCGCCGACGCCGCCGUGCAGUCGGCCUUCAGGGCGCUCCCCGCGCUGCGGCGGCUGCACCUCGACGGUAACUUCCUGGAGCGCGUGCCCACCGACCUCCCGCCCGCCCUGGAGGAGCUGCGCCUCGACGACAACCGGGUGGGGGCGGUGUCAGCGGCGGCCUGGCUCCGGUGCCCCGGCCUCCUGGUGCUCAGCCUCCGCAAUAACAGCCUGGGCGACGGGUCGGAGGGCUUCCCCAGCGGGGCGCUCUCGCCCCUGGGGAGGCUGCGGACGCUGAGCCUGGACGGCAACGGGCUGACGGGGGCGCCGCUGGGCCUGCCGCUGUCCCUCCGCGAGCUCUACCUGCGGGGAAACCGCAUCCGGCUCUUCCCGGGGGGGGUGUUCCCCGGGCCGUCCCAGCUGGUGAUCCUGGACCUCAGCGGGAACCGGCUGACGGACGAGGGGCUGGGCCGGGACUCGCUGCGGAACGCCCCCCGCCUGGAGAGCCUGAACCUGGGGGCCAACGCGCUAAGCCGGGUGCCGCGCCACCUCCCCGCGUCCCUCAGGACCCUGAACUUUGAGGGGAACCUCAUCGCCUCGGUGGGCCGCGGCGCCUUCCGCUCGCUGCCCCACCUGGAGCACCUGGGCCUGGCCCGGAACCGGAUCGCGCGCGUGGCCCCCGGCGCCUUCGGGGCCCUGGCCGCGCUGCACCAGCUGGACCUGAGCCACAACGCGCUGCGGCGCGUCCCCCGCAGGCUGCCCCGGGGACUGCACUCCGUCGCGCUCGCACACAACCGCAUCCGCACGGUGCCCCGAGACGCCUUCUGCUGGGAGGGGGCGGCGGGCGGGGGGGCCGGGGGGGCGGCCGGGGGGGGGGGCGGCGGGGGGGGGGGCCAGCAGCCUGGUGCGGGUGCAGCUGGAGCACAACCUGAUUGACCUGGGGGCCGUUGACAUGCAGGCGUUCAGGUGUCUGAGGGGGUCCCAGGUGGUGCAGUUCUACUGAGCUCCUCAGUAGUGCACAUCGUCUCCUCGACCCCCCCGCCCCACCCGCUGAGGGGGGGGGGGGGGGGGGGGGGGGGGUAGAGGAGACAAUGUGCACUAUGGACGUUUUUUGGCGUUUAUUUAUUGUGAUGCCCGAUAAGGCAAAACUGAUUUUAUUAGAUUGGAAACUAAAAGAUCAGGCGGAACACAUUGAAGUCAUUCAUUUGUUCGUUAAUGUGCUUCAUCGCUUAUUAAUUGUAUUAUUCUCAUUUAUGUAUGUUUUAAACCUUGUAAAUGUCUUGAAAAAAAAGAAAGGAAAGGAAAAGAAAACAAAAUCAUGAUGGGUUCUUCUGUAAAUACGGUCUCAAGAAUAGCUUACAGUAGCUAGUGUCUGUCGGCCUGAUGUCUGCGUGCAUGUGACGUACCUGCGUGCGUGGUUUUGAGCGUAUGUGUGAUGUACCUCAUGUGGCCCCAGGAUUGGGACCGCCCACGGUUUCUCCACAAACGGCCCAAGGAAUACCUCGAAGAUAAACGGUCCCAGUAUAUGAGGACCGUUCUCAGGGGAGCGAGAACCCUGCUAAACCAAAUACUCUGGUGUCCUGAUUAUUAGACAUAGGCCUAUUUUGGGUCCAUAGGUUCAACAAGACGUGAAUUUGAAUCUGCAGCGCUAUGUCCAAAAACCGCACUAUCCCAUAUUCUUGGCACACUGUUGAACUAAGUAUUGCCAUUGCUUAUAUAAAGUCUUCAAUUUGACAUGUAUUUUUGCACCUUUUAGAGACCAAAAUGAACUUGCUUGUUGAAAUUGAGCGGAUAUUCCUGUGGUAGCUCAUGGUCGGACGCAGGAAUCCGGUGUAAAUAUGGAAUGAAAAGCCCUGUGAUUCAAUUGAAGACGCUAGUCAGAAACUCGCCACAAGGUGGCGGUGAAGUAUAGGUUAAACUAGUUACAUUGUAUCUCCGUUUUUCUCAGGUAUUAUAGACUUUGGUAUUGUAGCUUUUAUCUUAAAGCAUUUAAGCUUCUAUUUGGCAAAGCUUCAGUGGAAACAUGGGAAAUUCUUGCGAUUUAAAUGCUUUGGCUGAUGAAAUUUUACCCUGCGGCAAAAAGCGUGGAUUCGGGAUCACACCAGACUGCAUAGUCUCUGACGUGUGUAAGACCUGUGCAUCAAUACACACUAAAACAGAUGCACCAAAAAGGAA